UGUGUAAACACAAAAGUACAAGACUUCCCACAGCAUCUAAUUGCUAAUAUUACCACAGCCAAACUAUAGCGUAAUCAACCUGUCUCUGUUCAGUGUAAUGGUGUAUGGGUGCAACUUUCACUUCGAACAUCCGGUCAAUACUUAUAAUUAUACUCAAAAGCAAAGCAUGAUUGCCUAUAAAAAGAGAAUGAAGUGGAGUACACACAUAACACAGUUGCUGAUCAAUGAUUCGCUUGUCAGACAUGAGUUACCAGACUGCCACUUCUCUCCUCCUGGUCACAGCUUUGUACCUGACCCUCUCCUCUGCAACUAAUGAAAUUCAUGCAGCAAUGUUCAAGAGAAGCUCAAUGGACUGAAAGAAGCAGUGGAGGCUCUGUGUGAAGGCACCAGUGUGUCCAUCCCUACUGUCCAAAACACUUGGACCUCUGUGCCCAUCACUAGCAUCGCCUACGACACCCUAAUACUUUAUCUUUCGUCAUCCCAAGUGUCAUCCCAUCAACUGCAAAGAAUGUACUCAUCUAUACUUCAAUGCAUUGCGGAACUGCUCACGGUUUCAUCACCCUCCACCUCAAAGUAUUUACUCAGGAAGGGAGUAACAAGCGUUUCGAAAAGUACCUCUACAUGUUAACCUUUCAUCAACUUGCUUAUAACACCAACUCUGACAACAUGUGGUUCCCCAUGCCCUCCAAUCGCAGGAUCUACAUGACAGUGAACAAGGACGUUGGAGCCAAUUGUGGAGCUCAGCUCUAUGCAAUAGGAUAUAACUAAUCAGGAAAUGAACUGUAUGGUGACUGUAUUAAGUUCUUGCGAUUAUAAAUUAAUACAAAUAAUGUUUCAAUAAUCAGUCAGUCAUGCCAAUGUGAACAUAGUAAUCGGUUUUGGUGCAUGUUUCCAACUAGUAUACUGUCUACAUUAUUUUACAUGACCAUGUAAAUACACGCAAGUAUAUUCACUGAACAUGUACAUGUCGUUGUAGUACAACACAAAUUACAAGACCUAUACCACAGCAUCUGUUUGUUACCACGGCUAAACAGCCAUAGCGUAAUCAACCUGUCUCUUCAGUAUAAUGGGAUACGAAUAUACAACUUUCAUCUCUUUAGGAACAUCCGGUCAACAUAGUAUAUAAAGUCCACAACAUAUAUCCUAGCUGCUUGUACAUCAACUUUAUAUUGAUUGUCUGAUCAAUUGAAGAGUAUAAGGUUGAGUGUUCAAAAUGAGCAAGGCAGUUGUUAUCUCUCUGCUAUUAUUUGCCUGUGUGCGUUUCUUGACAGCUAACGAAGCUACUUGCAAGGUUAUCCAGGGAAAGCUGCAGGAGCUCAAGUCGUCAGUUGAUUCUCUUUGUGGAGAGGUGAAUGCAUCCUUGCCCCCCACCCCAAUUAAUUCGAAACACCUGGACCUCUGUUCCUAAAACCAAUGUUGCAUAUAACAAUCUUAAUCAAGCAGCAACCUUCUCUUAUAUUAUUCCAAGUGUCAUACCAUCAGAUGCGAAAAAUAUUCUUAUUUUAGCAUUUUCUGGACUUGGCCCACCAAAAAUGGACUACAUGGCGUUGGAGGAGAUGUUAUAAUUUUCACCCAAGAUGGAAGCAAUCAACACUAUGAGCAGUAUAUGCAUUUGAUAGCAUGGAAAGGUACUUGGAGGUCACAGACUGACAACAUGUGGUUCCCCAUGCCAGCUAACCGCAGGAUCUACAUAACCCUGCCAGUGAGUAUGGCAAAUGAUGGUGGAUUCUAUCUUUAUGCAAUAGGCUAUAACUGAAGGUAUAUAUACUCAUCUUGUAAAUCAGUAAACAUUUACAAUUUACAUGGAUUUAGAUAGAGCCAUGCAUGUUAUGAACAAUAUAGCUAUAGUAUAUACUUCUACUGCUUAUAAUUCUGGAAAACACUUAAGAGAACUGUGGAUGUUAAUUGUCUCUUACGUGACCAUGUAGUGACUUGGAAGUGUUCACUGAACAUGUACAGGUCGUUGUAGUAAACACAAGAGUACAAGACUUCCAACAGCAUCUACUUGCUAAUAUUACCACAGCCAAACUAUAGCGUAAUCAACCUGUCUCUGUUCAGUGUAGUGGUGUAUGGGUGUAACUUUCACUUCGUUCGGGAACAUCCGGUCAAUACUUAUAAUUAUACUCAAAAGCAAAGCAUGAUUGCCUAUAAAAAGGGAAUGAAGUGGAGUACACACAUAACACAGUUGCUGAUAAAUGAUUCGCUUGUCAGACAUGAGUUACCAGACUGCCACUUCUCUCCUCCUGGUCACAGCUUUGUACCUGACCCUCUCCUCUGCAAGUUCAUGCAGCAAUGUUCAAGAGAAGCUCAAUGGACUGAAAGAAGCAGUGGAGGCUCUGUGUGAAGGCACCAGUGUGGCCAUCCCUACUGUCCGAAACACCUGGACCUCUGUGCCCAUCACUAGCAUCGGAAGUACAAACCUACGACACCCUAAUACUUUCUCUUUCGUUAUCCCUAGUGUCAUCCCAUCAGCUGCAAAGAAUGUACUCAUCUAUGCUUUAAUGCAUUGCGGAACUGCUCACGGUAGCAUCACCCUCCACCUCAAAGUAUUUACUCAGGAUGGGAGUAACAAGCGUUUCGAAAAGUACCUCUACAUGUUAACUUAUAAGCAACCUGCUUUCAACACCAACUCUGACAACAUGUGGUUCCCCAUGCCUAUCAAUCGCAGGAUCUACAUGACAGUGGACAGGGACGUUGGAGCCAAUUGUGGAGCUCAGCUCUAUGCAAUAGGAUAUAACUAAUCAGGAAAUGAACUGGUGACUGUAUUAAGUUCUUGCGAUUAUAAAUUGAUACAAAUAAUGUUUCAAUAAUCAGUCAGUCAUGCCAA